CACAGCUGGUAAAAUAGGGGAAAUAUUUUAAGUGUUUUCUUCAACCACUAAGCCUUAAAAUACACAACAUAGACAUUCGAUUUGAAAACUGAGGAACAAUCAUGGAAAAUAUAUCUAUGAGGGAGAAUUCAAAACGUCACGUUUACUGUGAAUCUGAAUCUGUGACUGAAUCAGCAACAAAGGAUAGAAAAAGGAGGCAUUUAUGUCACUAUUUUUUCACACAAUGUUUGAACUAUUUUCGCAGAAGUCCCCUUCAACAAAAACGCAAGGCUCUAGUAAACAAAUCUGGUCAGUACAGCAUUGACUACAGAGGACGGAAACCCAUCUUCUUUAUCAAGGAUAUCUAUCUGACUUUGCUUGAUCUCCAGUGGCGAUGGGCAAUUCUUGCGUUUUUCAUUAUGUACUUUACGGUAUUUAUUUUUUUCACUCUCGCUUGGUUCGCUGUUUGCUGGAUCAAUGGCGAUUUUAUUCACUUGGGAGAUCCGAGUUACGAACCGUGUGUCAAAGGUAUGACCAGCUUCGUAGGUUUACUUCUUUUCUCUAUUGAGACACAGACUUCAAUCGGGUACGGUUUCGUUCAUCCAAACACGUCCUGCGCCGGUUCCUUGGUCAUUCUGUUUUUCCAAAUAACAGUUGGACUCAUCGCAGACACUUUUCUACUCACCUAUAUUGUAUCCAAGUUUUUUCGACCUUCCAAACGGGCUAAAACAAUUCGCUUCAGCGAAAAUGCGGUGAUUUGCCAAGAGGACGGCAUUCUUUGUCUCCAGGUCCGUAUUGGAGACCUGCGUGGUAAAUCACUGCAAUCCGUUUCGGCCCAUGGUGUACUGGUACUUGAAUCAAUAACUGACGAAGGCUCCGUAUACCCUCUCUACCAGAAUAAACUCUCCUUCACCGUUGACUGUAUGCAGGGAGAUAUUUGUCUCUUGUGGCCAGUUUUGCUGACGCAUCAAAUCACAGAGUCCAGCCCUUUCUGGACCAGUGGUCCGUUGGACUUGGAAAAGGAACGAUUUGAAAUCAUAAUAUUCCUCGAAGGUUUUAUUGAGACAACAGGAGAACUGUGUCAAGCCAGAACAUCAUACUGCCAAAAUGAAAUCUUUUGGGGUUACCGUUUCCAGCAAAUUCUUCAAUUUCAUGAGUCAAUUAAGCGUUGGUGUGUCAAUUUUAAAGACUUUGAUAAAAUAAUUGAAACUCCAGUACCAGAGAUGAGUGCCAAACAUAUAACAGCCAUAUGCACAGGUAAAGACGUUUUGGAAAAUCCUCAUUUUUCAACAUCAUUUCCUGGAGAAUUCUCAGAGCAAAACCUGAAAGUCUUUGAGUCCAUGUCAGUGAUGAGCUCUCCUGGGAACCAGGCAAGAACCUAUGCUGAAACACAAGACUUGGGCAAUCAACCAGAAAUUCAUGAACGAAGGUUCUCGAUAUAACAGCUCCCAGGAUGAAGAAAACUUUACCAACCACAGACAGAUCUGAUCAUCUAUCACUGAUUGAGACAACUCGUUUUUUAGUCUUUUGACAACAAUUUCAUUCUAACUUAGCAUUUGAAUUGAAAUAAUCCUCUUUAUUGAGGGUCAGCUUUUAGACAUUAAUAAAUUAAUUUGUCAUUCCCUUUUAUAUUUUAAUAAUACUUGAGGGUGAUAAGGGGGUAGAAACAAUGCCACUUGGUUAUAUAUCUUUUACAUUCUGAAUUUAAAUUCCUCCAAAUUAGAUUUAGCUGUCUUAUCCACCAAGUGUUGAUAAAAUAAAUACCAGCUAAUUCAGUAGUUCUCAACCAUAUUUUACCUAUCAAACCCUUUGAUUACUAUUUUAUUCUUGUGGACCCCUCCCAUACCCAUUUGGUGUUUAAAAACUAGUUUUAUAGACACAUCUUUCAAAAUUUCUAUUUUGAUUUUUAUCCAUUCAUUUGUUUAGGCUUGAAAUUGCACUUGCAAUAAAUAUAUCUCAUGGAAAAUUUUUUUUCAUUGACCCCUAAAAUAUUGUGGAUCUUCAAUUUACUACCUUACUUGCAUGGACCCUGGUUGAGAACUACUGAGCUAAUUUAAUCAACCCUAACCCUUCCACUUAAAUGUACGUUGUACCAAUAAUGAAGAGAAUUUCUGCUUCAAAAAUUCUCUCUCUCUUGUGUGUGUGUGUGUAGAAGGUUGAAAACGAACGAGUAAACAAGAGACAGAAAGAAGGAAAAUGCCAC